AUUUUUUGCAACCUUUUUAUACUUUUGUUUGUUUGUUUUUUAUUAUUUAGACAACACAUACUCUGUCCAAGAUCCAAAGCCAUCAGCAGAUCAAAGAAAAAUGCAGACACCAGUUUUUCCAAUAAGCAUGUCCCAUGUAAAUGAGCAAGAAGAUGCUUGGGGGGACCACCCAUCGAGCUAUCGAGAAGACACAACUUCUGAGCUGAGACCUUCAAGUACCCAGGCAAGAGCGAAGAAUGCUUCUGGUAUCAGCCGAUGGAGCUGCAUCUCCAGUCAAUGCACACCUGUGGAGAGGGCAAUUUUGGAGAAGCUUAAUGAGCUGGACAUGAAGAUUACCCAUCUAACUUCAGUGGUCCAGUCCCUUGCCCCUUGGUCAAGUGGUCAAAUGGUGGUGGACACUGAGGAUGACACCUUUCCUAUUGAAACAAUUGAGGACCUUGAACAACUGGAAAGGCAAUUAGCUGAAAAACCAAUGAUGGAGAAGAUGAUGAAGAGGUUAUCCAUCAGAGGAGGACAAACUCUGAAAAAAACCAUUUGGCGUGUAGCCUCCAAAGUGUUUGGUCCAGUGGCCAAACAGCUCAACUGGUGUGGAAGAGGAGAUAAAAGAGGCCUAAAAAACACAAAUAUUGGGACACUUGUGAUAGGUGCAGCUAUGAGGAACCCCGUGCUUCCGUCUCCAACAGAGGCAGAAGCCGAAAAAUAUUUGAAAGACUUUCUCCGCUUGGCCCCAGGAAGAAUGGCCUCUUAAGCCAGUUGUU